AUGCCUUCCGACAACUCGAAUGAGAUUCUCAACCGCGGUGUCAGGCCCGCCCCCGUUGGCAAGCUUGUCGAGGUCACUGAGCUCGUCACUCCCCACAAGGUCACCGAUACCGACGGCAACGAGCUCACCAAUGUUGGUAUCAAGGUCGUUCCCGACAACGGCUGGAACAAGCCCGGUGUGAACACCGCUUUUGCCGUUGGCGCUGGUGUUGACGGCGCUUCCAGCAGCGACGAGGAGGAUGCCGGUGCUUUCCUCCGCCCUACUCUUCUCGCGCUCGCUCUUCCCGCGAUCGCUUACUUCCUGUAA